AUGUCCAAGUUAUUCAGAAUUAAUUGUGGUUAUCAAACUUACGACUGGGGAAAACACGGUAACUCCUCAGCUGUCGCUCAGUUCGCUUCAGCUUCAGAUAAAUCUGUCACUAUCGAUGACAAUACUCCCUAUGCCGAAUUAUGGAUGGGUACUCACCCUUCUGUGCCUUCUAUUGCCGUUGAUUCCAACAAGACUUUACGGGACUUGAUCACUUCCGAACCUCAUGACUUGUUACAUGCCGAUGUCGUUGCAAAGUUUGGUAAAGAGUUACCAUUCUUGUUCAAAGUCUUGUCCAUUGAAAAAGUCUUGAGUAUUCAAGCCCACCCAGAUAAAACAUUAGCAAAACAAUUACACGCCAGCGAUCCAAAGAACUACCCUGAUGAUAACCACAAACCAGAAAUGGCCAUUGCCGUGACUGAUUUCGAAGGUUUCUGUGGGUUUAAGCCAUUAGACACUUUAGCCACUACCUUACAAACCAUUCCUGAAUUAAAUGAGGUAAUUGGCCAAGACUUGGUUGAAGAGUUCUCCAAGGGUAUCAAGUUAAACGUUGAAGAAGGCUCAGCUGAUGAUUUAAACAAUAGAAAGUUGUUGCAAAAGGUAUUUGGGAAAUUAAUGAACACUGAUGAAAAAAUAAUUGCCGAAAAGGGUGAAAGUUUAGUUAAGAGAGCCGAAACUGAUCCCGAAUUAUUCAAGAAAAUCGACCCUAGAUUACCUGAACUUAUCCAAACCUUACACAACCAAUUCCCUAGCGAUAUUGGAUUAUUUUGCGGUUGCCUUUUGUUAAAUCACGUCCAACUCAACUCGGGUGAAGCUAUGUUUUUACAAGCUAAGGACCCACAUGCUUACAUUUCCGGAGAUAUAAUUGAAUGUAUGGCCGCUUCUGAUAAUGUUGUCCGUGCCGGAUUCACUCCAAAGUUCAAAGAUGUCGACAAUUUAGUAUCGAUGUUGACUUACUCUUAUGGUGAUGUUGAAAAACAAAAGAUGCCAAAGCAACCAUUCCCAAGAUCAAGUGGUGAUGCUAUAAAGUCGGUAUUAUACGAUCCUCCUAUUUCCGAAUUCUCCGUGUUACAAACAGAAUUGGCCAAGCCAGGUGAUAAGCAAACGCACAAGGGAUUGAAUGGUCCUUCUAUCAUUAUCGCUACUAAAGGUAAUGGUACUAUCGGAAUUGUUGGGGAAACCCCACAAAAGGUUGAAACUGGGUAUGUAUACUUCAUUGCCCCAGGGGUUGAUGUGGUUUUACUGGCUGAAUCAGAAGACUUCACUACUUAUAGAGCUUUUGUUGAAGCAUAG